GAUGAGAGUGUCUGUCUAUCACAGGUAGAAGAAACUUAAAAAAUGAGUCCAAACAGUAAGGUCCUUGUAGUUGGUGGAACGGGGUACUUGGGCAAGAGGCUUGUCAAGGCAAGCUUAGCACAAGGUCACCCAACCUAUGUCCUUAUGCGGCCGGAGAUCGGCCAAGACAUCGACAAACUUCAAAUGCUCAUGUCAUUCAAGGAACUCGGAGCCCAUCUUAUCGAAGCCUCGUUUUCCGAUCACCGGAGCCUCGUUGAUGCCGUGAAACAAGCUGAUGUUGUUAUAUCUGCCAUCUCCGGUUCUUCUUCUAGGAAUCAUAGUAGUCUGAUCUACCAACUCAACCUCAUUGAUGCUAUCAAAGAAGCCGGAAAUGUUAAACGAUUUUUGCCGUCCGAGUUUGGCAUGGACCCGGCACGGAUGGGGCAUGCACUAGAACCCGGUAGGGUUACUUUUGAUGAGAAGAUGACUGUGAGGAAAGCAAUUGAAGGUGCCACUAUCCCUUUCACUUAUGUCUCAGCCAACUGCUUUGCUGGUUUCUUUGUUGGGAACCUGUCCCAGAUGUCAGGGUUCACACCUCCAAAGGAAAAAGUAACCCUUUAUGGAGAUGGUAAAGUGAAAGCAAUUUUCUUGGAUGAGGAUGAUAUCGCAGCAUACACCAUUAAAACUAUAGAUGAUCUACGUACCUUAAAUAAAACAGUUUACCUCAGGCCAUCGGAAAACAUUCUUACGCAAAGACAGUUGGUCGGAAUUUGGGAGAAACUAAUUGGAAAGCAACUAGAGAAAUCCACCAUAUCAUCAGAAGACUUCCUCGCUUCUAUGAAAGAUAUGGACUAUGCUGCCCAAGUUGUGGUCGGGCAUUUAUACCACAUUUUCUAUGAAGGUUGCCUAGCAAAUUUUGAGAUUGGAGAAGGCGGAGAAGAUGCUUCACAGUUAUAUCCAGAGGUCAACUACACCCGAAUGGAUGAAUACCUAAACCGUUUUCUCUAGAAAAAUAACAAAGAUGUAAACGAUACUCCUUGGAGAAAUUAAGCCUGGAACCUACGAUAUGAGUAUAAAUUCCCUGUAACAUCUCUGCAUAAAUCAUCUAUAAAUGAAACUUACCAGUA